GAUCGUGUGGUAUUGGUCAUUGUGAUUAGUAACGAUCUCAGAUAUACUAAUGAAGGCAUUAAAUGUGGAGCACUGACUCUAACCAACCAAACUCGAAAGUUUUUACCAAAUGUACCAAUUUGCAUUGUUGCUCAAUCGGAUAAUCGAAAUAAGACGUAA